AUUUAAGCCAAAAAAUUAAUAUUUCUUACCCUUCCGGGAGGUUUACUGAAGCUACUGGUGCUCUCGCACACAUCAUAUUUCACCCCAUAAACCCUCUCUUUGCGAUUCUUCACCUCUCUCCCUUUUCUCUCACCCAUUCUCCCAAUGCCACCAACCACCUCCGCCGCCAGAAUCCUCGCGGAGCUCCGCCGUAUCUCCACCUGCACCGGCAUCAGCUCCGAUGUCCGUCCAUUCAGCUCCGCUGCUGCAGUCUCUGAUUCCGACCCAACACUUUCUUCUUCCUCUGAUUCAAAUGGAAAAGCUUCUAAAUGGUGGUUGUAUUUACCUGGAGCAAUUGCAUUUGGUCUUGGGAGUUGGCAAAUUGUUAGAAGAGAAGAUAAGAUUAAAAUGUUGGAGUAUCGAGGGAAGAGGUUGCAAAUGGAACCAUUGAAAUUCAGUGGUGCGUAUCCGUCAAGUGAGGAGUUAGAUUCUCUGGAAUUUAGAAAGGUUGUCUGCAAGGGAGUUUUUGAUGAUAAAAAAUCAAUCUACGUGGGACCACGUUCAAGAAGCAUUUCAGGAGUUACUGAAAAUGGUUACUAUGUUAUAACACCUCUUAUGCCAGUUCAUGAUCAUCCUGACAGUGUGAGUUCUCCAAUUCUUGUUAACAGAGGAUGGGUUCCCCGCAGUUGGAAAGACAAGUUUUUAGAGGCUUCACACGAUGAACAGUUUGCAGAUCCUCUUCCUUCCCCUUCACAAGCUGACGGAACCAGAUCGUGGUGGAGAUUUUGGUCUAAAGAGCCUGUCAGCAGCGAGGACCAGGUCCCGUCUAUAACACCUAAUGAAGUGGUCGGGGUAGUUCGUGGAAGUGAGAACCCAAGCAUAUUUGUUCCUGCAAAUGAUCCCGGGUCUUCUCAGUGGUUCUAUAUUGAUGUUCCUAGCAUUGCCCGAUCUUGCGGCCUUCCAGAAAAUACUGUCUAUGUUGAUGAUAUUAACGAGAAUGUUAAUCCAAGUAAUCCUUACCCUCUUCCUAAGGAUGUUAAUGCCUUGAUUCGAAGUUCAGUGAUGCCUCAGGACCACCUAAACUACAUAUUAACAUGGUAUUCUCUUUCUGCAGCAGUUACAUUUAUGGCUUUCAAGAGGCUAAGACAGAGUAACAAGAGGAGAUAGCAAAUUUGUUACUGUUAUAGGUUAAUUACGCAGACACAUUACAUUUCAAUUUACCAUAUCAUAUGUCUAUCUCAUUGGAGUAUUGUCUUCUCAAUCUUCCAAUCUCAAUUGCCAAGGAUCAUUUUCCAGCAACAUGUGCUAUUCAAGUGAAGUCUUCUCAGAAAGUUACUUCUCACCACAAAAACACUUGUGGAAUGGAAAUGAGGUGACAUUUAUUGAACAAAAUAAUUUAGAAAUUUUGAUGCAAGGGGAAUGGAUAUCAUAUGCUGAUAUUUAUUAUCUUUUGGUCAAUUUUUUAUUAGAAAAAGCUACUACUAUUUUGUAAAAUUAGUGUUGGAUUAGAGGUGUUAGAUGGAAGCAAUAAGGGCAAUAAGUUCUUUAUACUACUUUUUUUUCUUUCCUUUCUCUCUUCUAUUGUUUCCUGCUUUUCCCA